UAAAUUGGCUGUUGCACAUCAUACACUGCAAAACUGGGCUCCCAUUCAAGACAGAUGUUCUGUUUUUUAUGCGCUCUUACUUUCUCUCUCUUCUGUAUUUGACUCGCUGCGUUAGAAUGAACAUCUUAUGUAUCAUGUAUAUAACGAAAACGGAAGCCGAAAUGGAAUGUCAAACGCGUAAUGUUCAAGUUUAGGUCAACCUCCGUCAUUGAAUUUGUAGCGCAUUCUGUUUAUGCGUAGCAAAUUUACGUUGACCAUCCGAGCCUAUUGAUUGUACAUUGCUGGAUAUAUCACCACGAAUCCACAUGCUCGAUAGGGCAGGAUAUUCCCACAGUGCGGUUAUUUGACAGUAUUUUUCAUCGCGGCGGCUGGCGUUGGCGGAGAUAACGUUGUCAGCGACAUACACUAGUACUCCAUUUUCUCCGGUUUGAACGUACGCGUGGACCGCGUUGUAGCUGACACAUUCCCGCAGCAAGGCGGUUAGGGAUGAGAGCGGAAGUGGGUCACAGUUCGCCGAGGAGGACUUGAUUGUGUCAUAGCAUAAAGCGAUUUUGGUUCAGCUGCAAAAACUGUGUCAACCCUCAAACGCCGACAUCGUAAAGGCGUCGACACACUGCAGCAGCUCAGCUCGGCAUUAUCAACUGGCGCUCUAAUUCCGAAAAACAGUGGAUUGGAGGUGUUAGAGCAUUGCCAACCGCAGACAUCGAUGACGCUCAAGCAACCGUUUUAAUAACGCAAGGAUGAUUAGCUUUUUGAGCUCAAAAGGCAAUAACCAAGGAAAAGAUUUGGAUUACGCGGGAUGCAACGGCUGAAUUUGAUCAUGUGACGCGUAUAAAAGGAUCAUUAUACACUGCCGCUAUAUGGUGCGACUGAUGGGAAAGUGGACGCCCCGCUUGAAUCUCAGUACAAGAGAGCCCAGUAUACAUUAAUGGGAUUUGGAUUUCAUGUGGAAUGAGUCUUUUUUAUGAUUUGAAACUCAAACGGCAGAAAACUGGCGCCACUUCCGGCCCAUCACCGGAUAUCAGCUAUGGUCCCCAUUCAUCCUCCUCCUCGGUGAGCGAUCACGAUGCCGACUCCUCCAGUCCGCCAUCAUCACCCUCACACACCGAUCUAGAUCAGACCCAUCUGCAUCCGCGCCGCUUCAGCAGCGGCAGCAGUACGUGUCAGCGCGAAACCGGGUCACCCAGUGACAUCAGCCCGACUAGGUCAUCGGAUGGAGAUUCACUUUUAUCUAGUCCAAUUGCCACAUCGCACCAGCUGCGCAAUGGCCAGCCACCUCCGAUGGCCACAUCGCCCGCGGUCAAUUUUGCGGCAGCACUACGACCGCAUAAGAAUCCUCUGCCCACCCAUCCCGGCUGUUUUCCCACCGUCUUCCCGCAGCCGGCCUUCCAGCUGGUCAAUCAGAAAGGCUCCAUCGUGGUCCCGCCCAACGCCAUGAUAGCCAACGUCAACGCGGCUACCCAGUUCGUCGGUAACAUCCUGUACCGGUGUCUGGUGCAGCCACGUGGGAUGCCCAUGGCGGAGUCGUAUGCCAACUUGGCGCGUUCACCCAAUCAGUACGUUCACACAUCGACGCCCACACCAACAAAGGUCAGCGAAGAGCCGGUGAACUUGUCAUUGGGCCGACAGAGUCCCGAGAGCAGUUCGUCCAGCGGGGCACGACGAGUACUACCAUCGACCAGUUCCAUUACAUCCAAAAGCGAAAUGGAAUCGGAGGAUGAGGAGGAAGCUGAUGGGACGGCGCGGGAAUCGCCGAUGAUAUGUAUGAUCUGCGGGGAUAAAGCCACCGGUCUGCAUUACGGAAUCAUUACGUGCGAAGGAUGUAAAGGAUUCUUCAAGCGGACCGUGCAGAACAAGCGGGUGUAUACUUGCGUGGGGAGUGGCCUGUGUGAAAUAACCAAGACACAGCGUAAUCGCUGCCAGUAUUGCCGCUUCCAGAAGUGCUUGAAGCAGGGCAUGGUGUUGGCGGCUGUCCGCGAAGACCGCAUGCCGGGAGGCCGGAAUAGUGGCGCGGUGUAUAAUCUGUACAAAGUCAAGUAUCGGACGCGGAAACGGAAGAAUUCCUUGACGGGGAAGAAUGGCGGUCAUCACAGUCCGCGUGAUUCCGAUGUGGACAAGUCCACACCGCCCAGUCCGCACAUAAAAGCGCAACAGACACCGGAAUCCACUGUUCCUUCAGAACCCGAAGAUGCUCAUGUUCUGGGUAAGCUCAUUGAUUUGGACCAAUUAGAGGAUAUAGCUACGUUAAAGAGUAUGGAGUCGUUCUUCUCUGAUACGAGUGUGGAACUGCCGGUGAGAUUACGUUCCAUGGGGGACCAAAUGGUAUUUAAACUGGUGGAGUGGACCAAAAGACUGCCGUACCUUAGCUCAUUACCCCUCAAUUUGUUGACGUCCCUCUUGACGUACCGAUGGCAUCUGAUUUUACUCCUAUCUACAAGUUUUUAUAAUGCACAAAACCGAUGGCGCAAGGUUAGAAAGAUUUCCGACGCCAAAUUCCCGAUGGAGAACUCCAUCAUUAAUGGUGAAAAAGCCAUUCAUGGGAAGGAGAAGUUAAUGACCAAAGGAAAAUGCGAUAUCGAUGAUGACCUGAAAUAUUCUCAACUACCAGAAUCAUCCACAAAUCCCAGUGAUAGUGAAGUUAGCGAAUCCAAACCGAUUCUUGCUGCCGGUGAAGAGAGUUUUAAAGAGGAACUGUGCCAUAGUCUACUGCAUUUGCAGUACUAUCUGCGCCGCUUAUUGGGUCGUGAUGUGGAGUACGAUGAGCUGGAAGCGGAAAUCGGGAGCAUGCUGCGCCAGUUGAUCUCGUUUAUCCGGCAUUUACGUGACAUUAAACUGACCACGGAGGAGUAUGUGGCACUGAAGGUGCUGAUUAUGCUGCAGGAUUCAUCAGCCAGUGGCUCGCCGCAAUUACGUCUGUACCAACAGAAAUACAUGAAUGCGCUGAUGUGCUACCUGGUACGCAUUCAUGGCCGCAAUGCACAACAGCGACUCCAUCUGCUGCUUAAUCUCAAUCCGCAGAUCCACGCGGCGGCUGCAGCAUUGCUGGAGAAUAAAAUGUUCUAUGUUCCUUUUCUCCUCAACAGUUGAGUGCAGUAUUUUUUCUCUCUGUCUCUCUCUCACUCUGGGUUUUUUCUGCAACUGUUUCCCUAUACGUACAAUUUUCGUCUUUUCUACUGUUGUCCAUUGUCCAAUCCAAUCAAGGAAACUGCAAUAUGCAGCUUUUUUUCUUUUGGGAGUUUUUCUUCUGUACAGUUUUUUUGGAUUACACUUUCCUCUGUGUUCGUCAUCUGUUGACCAAAUUUUUGAUUCGAUUUUGUACGUCAGUUUUUGUUCCUGUUGAGAACCAAAAUUCUCUACAAUAAAUGAUUUUAUUAAACC